AUGAAGCUUCCGGAAGGCCGGCCCCUGACCUUGGCAGAGGCCUGCGAGGCAGCUGGUCGCGGCGUGACGACCGGCCAGACAGCUCAAGAUGAUGAAGUGCAAGUUCUAGAUCCAGACGAGGCUCCUGUCAAAGCUGAGAAGUUCUCGUCCUUCGAUGAUGCAGACGAGUUUCCGAGAGAAAUCCGGGAAGAACUCAAGAGUGCCGGCUUUCCUGCACCAUCACAGAUUCAGGCGUACACCUGGCCGCUUGGUUUGCGAGGCAAGGACAUCAUCGGUAUUGCCGCAACAGGCAGUGGAAAGACUUUGGCAUUCCUGCUGCCGGCUUUCGCUCAGAUGAUGGAAGAGAACCACCGUCCGGAGCGAGAUGGUGCUGGCGCUCUUGUGAUGUCGCCAACGCGAGAGCUGGCGCAGCAGACAGAAGCCGAGGCCCAGCGGUUUGGGAAGUGCCUGGGCUUCCGGUGUGUCGCCAUGUACGGUGGCGCGCCGAAGGGCGACCAAAUGGCCAGAUAUCGGCAGGGCUGCCAUACUAUCGUGGCCUGCCCUGGGCGCCUCAACGACUUCUUAGAGGGCGGACAGGUCCGCUUGGAUGGAGUCUUGAAGCUUGUGCUGGAUGAGGCUGAUCGCAUGCUGGACAUGGGCUUUGAGCCGCAGAUCCGCAAGAUCUUGGCCAGGCUUCCGCGCAAGCGGCACACGCUCUUCUUCACGGCAACCUGGCCGAAAGAAGUCAGGAAGCUGGCAAGUGAGAUCCUGAACAGGCCUUACAAGGUCAUGAUUGGAAACCGGGAAGUCUUGAAGGGCAACCAGGACAUCACCCAGAUCGUGAAGUGCAUGGAUGCCUUCAACAAGAAUCGAGAGAUCGUGAACACCCUCCGCGAGGCUGGCUUGACAAAUCCCAGUGCGAGUGGGAAGGCCCUUGUCUUUUGCAACACGAAGCGGAUGUGCGAAAACCUCUCCAACGACCUGCACCGCCAAGGCCUGCCGUGUACUUCCAUCCAUGGAGAUAAGGACCAGCGCCAGCGCGAAGAUGCCCUGCAUGGCCUGAAAUCAGGCCGGUACAAAGCCCCGGGCUCAUGA